ACAGGAGGGUGUGGAGGAUGGGGAGAAGAAUGCGCUUUUUGACUUAAUUUGCUAUUUGCAAGGGCGUUCCAGAUGCCCACGGUCCGGUCUCUCCGUCCCUGGGCGUUAUAAAUAGUAAAGGUUAAUUAGUUAGCUGAGAAAUUGGAUCAGGGGCGGGCAGUUAGAAUUUGAUCCAUAGACAGGUAACUCAAGCAAUCCCUUUUGUCACAGCAAUCAGACCUAUAUAAAUCCGCCUUGACGGACAGCAGUCACCACAUAGCCUUACCUCUCCGCUGGAUCACCGACCUGGGCGCAUCCCCCCCUCUUCACGGAAUAAAAUGUCGCUCUCAUCUGUCCUUUCUGCUGAAGCCAUCGACGGUGCUAUCAAGGGCUGCCAAGCUGCAGACUCCUUCUGCCCAAAGCAGUUCUUCCAGCUGUGUGGCCUCACCAAGAAGAGCCCCCAGGAUGUGAAGAAGGUUUUCGAAAUCCUGGACAAUGAUGGAAAUGGUUAUAUCGAGAGGGAUGAACUCAAGGGUUUCCUCCAGAGGUUUUGUCCUGGGGCUCGCGCUCUGACAGACAAGGAGAUCACAGCCUUCCUGAAUGCUGCUGACGAUGAUAGCGACGGCCGGAUUGGAGUAGAUGAAUUUCAAGCCCUGGUUCUGUCCUGAACAGCUAGACUCCAUCUGUCCACCCCCAUGCCACCACUACAGGACCGCUUCAAGGGCUCUUAGCUUAGCCAGUUAUUUUCCUCCUGGUUUAGUAUAAACCGUUAGAUUCUUUUUAUUUUGGAAGACUCACCGUGGUCCACAGACAUCUACAUCGUUGUCACAUUUUUAGUUUUGUCCUUUUUCAUAUACUGCAGACAGAUCUUAAAGCUGUAUUGCCCAAAUAAAUGUACA